GUAGCGUUCACUGUCUGUCUGUCGCCAGCGUGUGCAUUGUGAACGGAUUCUUGCCCUUUUUUACUAAGGGAUCUACGGCCACACGGACCGAGUACGUGAAAAUGUGUGGCUGAAGAACACAACUCGGGAUUACUGUGGUCUAAAUCCCUUAUUUUGUCCUCCUGUGACUGUCCAAACUGAGGAUUUGCUCCGUCCAGCGCAGCGAUCAUGUCGGGGAAAAUAGAAAGCAAGCACGAAUCCCAGAAGUCUCAUCUCUCCUCUUUCACAAUGAAAUUGAUGAAAUUUCAUUCCCCGAAGAUUAAACGAACUCCAUCUAAGAAGAGCAAACAGCUCCAGCCAGAGCCUACGGUGACGACUCCAGAAAAACCUGUCAACAAGAAGGUGAGUCGGUUGGAGGAACAGGAGAAGGAGGUGGUGAGUGCUCUACGUUACUUUAAGACGAUUGUGGACAAGAUGAACGUCGAUACGAAGGUUUUGCAGAUGCUUCCUGGUUCGGCUAGUAAAGUAUUGGAAGCCAUAUUGCCUGUGAUGCAUGUAGAGGCUCGGAUACAGCACAGCUCGGCAGUGUCCUCCUGUCAUAACCGCGUCUAUCAGAGUUUGGCGAAUCUCAUUCGCUGGUCCGACCAGGUGAUGCUGGAGGGCAUCGACCUCGACGACAAGGACACUGUGGCAACCGUCACCACGGUGAUCAAAGCUGUGCUGGAUGGUGUGAAGGAGCUGGUGAAACUCACUAUAGAGAAACAGGAGCAACCGUCCCCGACGUCCCCCAGCAAACCAGUGUCUCCUGUGGCCAAAACGGACAGUGUGUGUGAAAAUCCUCUAACCGAGCGAGAGAAGGCGAUCCUCAGUAAGACCACACCCAUUGUCACGCCCACUGACAGCUUGACUGACAUGUCAGAGGAAGAGGUUGCUCCGCCCAAACCUCCUCUACCCGGAGUUAAACUGGCAGAGCACAGGAACAGGAUGCAGUUGUGCUCCGAUCCUGUUGCCGGGCAGCGGAGGGCCACUGCGAUGGAAACCCCGCCCGCUCUGCCUCCCAAGAAGCGACAGUCGGCCCCCUCCCCCACACGUGUUGCCGUGGUAGCGCCGAUGAGUCGAGUCCCAUGUGGUCUCAACCUGCCUCCUGGAGCUCUUAGACAGCAGCAGGAGUUUGAUGUGGAUCUCCUCCAGAGGCGUUUCUCCGGUGGGAGCCAGUCAUACGGCGGGGAUUCUCCUCGUCUUUCUCCCUGUAACAGUAUUGGAAAACUCAGCAAGUCCGACGAGCAGCUCUCGUCACUGGAGCGAGACAGCGGCCAGUGCUCUCGCAACACUAGCUGUGAAACACUAGAGGGAUACGAUCCCGAUUAUGACUUCCUGCAUCAGGAUCUAUCCGAAAACGAGCCUUUACCGUUUCCGACGGGCACUGGCAGCAGUCUGAGCCCUCUCCCAGAAUGCCACGGGGAGUCUCAGUCGUUAAGCCCCGCCCAUGCCCCCACCCGCCCGCGUUUCAGCGCUCCCGUCACCAAUCAUGCUUCCCUGGAGUACUGGACCCCGCCCCUCACCAAUAGCGUGCUUCCCCCCGCCGCAAUGAUAUACAAGAUCUGCAUUUUCAUAGUCCUCCAGUACAUGCAGUUUGUGGAGGAUUACUCUGAACCGCAGCCGUCCGUCUUCUAUCAGACGCCUCAGAACGAGAGUAUUUACGAGCAGCGGAGGAACAAGCGCUUUCAGGAGGUUUACGGCUUCAACGAUUCCUACAGCAGCUCGGACUCCGUCCACGAACCCGUCCCUCCGCCAGCGCUGCCUCCCAAACAGAGACAGCUGGCCUCCUACACUUCUUCUCCUCCUUCAUCCUCCUCCUCUUCCUCUUUUUCAAUUCUCCCUCCUCCUGCUGGGCUUGCGGAGGAGGCGGAGCCUGCUCUUGGUCUCAGCCUAUCAGUGUCUAACUCCUUCCUCAGUGGCCACGCCUCUUUGACCACACCUGUGAGUUCCGACCUGUUUGGUUUGACCAAUGCCGGCAGAGCUCUAGAUGGUGGGGGUGUCUCUAAUGGGUCCUUGACCAGCUCUCUGGUUUCUCUGGCCGUCUGUCUUCCUUCUGAGUCUUCUCUUUCUGAUUCACUUCUUACCUCUGCGAGUGAAAGUGUGGAUGAAGGCGGUGAGGGAGAGUAUGUGAACCUGUACUCCUCCACACAGGCUAAUGGAGAAAACACACACCGCACUGACCCCUCAUCAUGUGACGAUGUGCUUCAGGACCACACCCCUCACAUACCCACCUCCAAUAGCAAGGAAGCCUUGUCUAAGGACCGGCCGAAGGAACCCAGUCAUGGUCAGAUCGAUGAUGUUGAUGAACUGUCCCUCAUUGAUCAUAAUGAGAUUAUGAGCCGCAUCACACUCAAAGCAGAGAAUGAUGAUGGUCCUGAUGUGAGAGCCGGCUCUGGUGAUAUACUGUUAGUUCACGCUACAGAAACAGACCGCAAAGAUUUGGUGUUGUACUGCGAGGCUUUCCUCACCACCUACAGAACCUUCAUAACGCCUGAAGACCUCAUUAAAAAACUACACUACAGAUAUACUCGGUUCUGUCACAGUCCAGACACCUUUAGGAAGCGCGUCAGUAAAAACACGUUCUUUGUGCUGGUGAGAGUCGUGGAUGAACUCUGUCUGGUGGAGUUGACCGAGGACAUCCUGCGGCAGUUGAUGGAUCUGGUCUUCCGGCUGGUCUGUAAUGGAGAGCUGAGUCUGGCGAGGGUCCUGCGAAAGAACGUCCUCGAUAAAGUGGAACAGAAGAGGCUCCUGCGACACAUGCACAUGCUGAAACCUCUCGCUGCGCGGGGCGUCUCUGCCAGGCCCGGCACGCUGCAUGAUUUCCGCAGUCAUGAGAUCGCCGAUCAGCUGACGUUGCUGGAUGCAGAACUGUUUUACAAGAUUGAGAUUCCUGAGGUGCUGCUUUGGGCGAAGGAACAGAAUGAAGAGAAAAGUCCAAAUCUGACCCAGUUUACAGAGCACUUUAACAACAUGAGCUACUGGGUGCGCUCUAUCAUCAUCCAGCAGGAGAAAGCUCAGGACAGAGAGAAACUGCUGCUCAAAUUCAUCAAAAUCAUGAAGCACUUGCGGAAACUGAAUAACUUCAACUCUUAUUUGGCGAUUCUCUCGGCGCUGGACUCUGCACCAAUCAGACGACUGGAAUGGCAGAAACAGACAUCUGAGGGUUUGGAGGAGUACUGCACCUUGAUUGACAGUUCAUCGUCCUUCCGAGCGUACAGAGCGGCGCUAGCAGAAGUGGAGCCUCCAUGCAUACCAUACCUGGGUUUGAUCCUACAGGACUUGACUUUCGUUCACCUCGGAAACCCGGAUUUUAUUGACGGUAAAGUGAAUUUCUCCAAGCGCUGGCAGCAGUUCAACAUUCUGGACAGCAUGAGACGCUUCCAGCAAGUACACUACGAACUGAAACGGAACGAAGACAUCGUCUCAUUCUUCAACGACUUUAGCGAUCACCUGGCAGAGGAGGCAUUAUGGGAGCUCUCGCUCAAGAUCAAACCACGAAACAUCUCGCGGCGCAGGACGGAGCGCGAGGAGAAGACCUAGAACCUGAAAUCUAGAACCUCAGAGACAAUUUACGGUGAGACCUGAACCUCCUGCAGAACCUUGGGAACCCGCGCUAGGCUGUUUCACUCACGCUAGAGUUCUUAAUGGAGCUGGAGCUGAACCGACACACGCAAGCUCCUAUUUGCACCAAUAAACUGAGACAUUGGCAGUAUUUUUCCCUGACUGUUGACUUUAAAAACUCACGAGGGGAAUCCCGAUUCAGUAUAGAUAUACAGAUAUGCACUCACGCGCGCACAGAGGGCUCGAGAGGACCCCAACGCUGUGAUAUAAAGCGAAAUCCUCACAACUUUCCAUGUUUGCGUGUGUUGAUGUGUGGCUGUACAGAAAGACACGCUCUAAGAGGGCUUGGAUCAUUUGAUAUUAAUACACUGUGCCUGAUGGAGUGAGUUCGUGUUUGUUUGUCCCGCUCGGACGUACCGUUUGACCUUCCAAAGGUCUGAUUCAACCUACGAUUCGCCCGUUUGGAAAUGGGUCGAUUGGGAAACGGGCAGACAUGUGUGCAAUCUUAUAAGCGUUUUAUAAGGAAUAUUCACUGAUCUGUUGAAAUGAAUAUGUUUUGACAGACGCGUUGAGUAAUGGAAUAUAUGGAAUAUAUUAAUUUGAAAAUUAAAGAAUGAACUGGACGUUUGGACUAAUUUUUCACAUCAUCUUGCUAUAUUGUUUUGUGUGUGAUCAUGUGCACCCCUCAUUAUAACUGUUUACCCCAUCACAUGGCUGACAGCCUCUCGAUUUUCCAAAUAAAUUGUCAAAAACUUGCUUUUUUACCUUAAAAAAAGAAGAAAAAUGUACAUUGUGACAUUAUUUUCAUGACUUUUUCUUUUCAUGCACAUUUCUUUCUCUUCCCAAUUCUCAGUAGCUUGCA